AUGACUACUGAAAACUUUCGCUUUUACAUAAAAGUGCGAACUGCACUUAACACUCCGGAAAGUGUUAUUCAUGAUGAAUUGAGGUCUGUUUAUGGCGAAGAAACUCCUGUUCUCAGCACGAUUGAAGGAUGGUCAAAACUAUUUCGUGAUGGUCGAGAGAAAACUGAAAAUAAAGCGCGAGCUGCUAGACCUUUCGCUGAAACAACAAUUGAAAACAUUGUACAAGUUCGGCUUCGUAUAGAUGAUGAUCCUUACAUGCCAAUCGAUGGCAUUCACGAACAAACUAAUUUGAGUUAUGGGACUGUCCAACGAACAAUCAGUGAUCAUCUAAAGGUCCGAAAGAUAACCGCUCGUUACGUAUGCAAGGAUCUUAACGAUCUUGAGCGAGCUGAACGCGUUCGAAUAUGCAAGAAAAAUUUUGCGAAAGUUCACCAAGGGGCAUGGCUUUUAUGUGAUAUCAUUACGGGCGAUGAGUCCUGGUUUCGUCACUAG